AUGGACCCGCCCCGGCUCCGGGAGAACUGGUCCCGCUACAGUACUGGCCGGUCUCAGAAUCGGCGUGAUCGCCGCCAAGAGAGGAAUCUGACUAGGAUUUUGGCCGCAGUAGUAGGUGAAGAAAGGGUAGAGAAAAGACAGUUAGGGCACCUGGGCAACAAAGCAAAUAGACCCGUGGGCGGACAGAGACCACGACUUGAAAAGGACCAAUGCGCAUACUGCAAAGAGAAAGGACAUUGGGCCAGAGAAUGCCCCAAAAAGAAACAGAAGGGCCCUAAGGUACUGGCCCUUGAAGAAGAUUAGGGGAGUCGGGGCUCGGUCCCCCUCCCCGAGCCCAGGGUAACUCUCUCUGUGGAGGGGAACCCCGUUGACUUCUUAGUGGACACUGGGGCUGAACACUCGGUCUUGACUGAACCAUUAGGACAAUUAGGAUCAAGAAGGACUCUGGUCACAGGAGCCACUGGUAGUAAACUUUAUCCCUGGACAACAAAAAGAAGUUUAAAAAUAGGAAAAAGCCAAGUGACUCACUCUUUCCUUGUAAUCCCUGAGUGCCCUGCACCGCUUCUGGGCAGGGACUUGCUGACUAAACUAAAGGCUCAGGUCCAGUUCACCUCGACAGGGCCGGAAGUCACCUGGGGGGAGACACCUAUAGCAUGUUUAGUCCUAAAUCUAGAAGAAGAAUAUCGCCUCCAUGAACCCAAGAUUGAGAAUUUGCCCUCUAAGGAAUGGUUGGUAGCUUUUCCAGGAGUUUGGGCAGAGCAAGCGGGAAUGGGACUGGCUAAGCGGGUACCGCCAGUGGUGGUCGAAUUAAAAGCAGCUGCUACCCCCAUCUCAGUCAGGCAGUACCCCAUGACUCAGGAGGCUAAAGAAGGCAUUCGACCACACAUCCAGAGGCUGUUACAACAAGGUAUACUGAUUCAUUGCCAGUCCCCCUAGAAUACUCCCCUCUUGCCGGUACGUAAGCCUGGAACUAAUGACUAUCGACCUGUCCAGGACUUGAGAGAGGUCAACAAGCGGGUACUGGACAUCCACCCGACAGUGCCCAAUCCCUACAAUUUGCUAAGUUCCCUGCCACCGGAGCGGUCCUGGUACACUGUUCUGGAUUUAAAAGAUGCUUUUUUCUGCCUCAGACUACAUCCAAGUAGCCAACUCCUGUUUGCCUUCGAAUGGCGGGACCCCGACGGAGGACACACCGGUCAGCUGACCUGGACCAGGCUUCCACAGGGAUUUAAGAACUCGCCAACUCUCUUCGAUGAAGCGCUCCACCGUGACCUUGCGCCCUUCAGGGCACGAAACCCCCAAAUCUCUCUCUUACAGUAUGUAGAUGAUUUGCUGCUUGCAGCCUCGACCUGGGAACUGUGCCUUAAUGGGACCAAAGAGCUUCUAAAAGAAUUGGGUGAGUUGGGGUACCGGGUGUCCGCAAAAAAGGCCCAAUUAUGCUGUCCAGAAGUUACCUACCUGGGAUACACCCUCCGAGAAGGGAAGCGGUGGCUCACUGAAGCCCGAAAGAAAACUGUGAUGCAGAUCCCGACCCCCACCACUCCACGACAAGUACGUGAGUUUCUGGGAACGGUGGGCUUUUGUAGACUCUGGAUACCAGGAUUCGCCACUUUGGCGGCCCCUUUGUACCCUCUGACUAAAGACAAAGUCCCAUUUACAUGGAAAGAAGAACAUCAGAAAGCCUUUGAAAAAAUAAAGGCUGCCCUGCUCACAGCCCCUGCUUUGACUCUGCCAGACUUGACCAAAACUUUCACCUUAUACGUUGAUGAACGGGCUGGAAUAGCUCGGGGAGUCCUGACUCAGGCCCUGGGUCCUUGGAAGCGGCCGGUGGCUUACUUGUCAAAGAAACUAGACCCGGUAGCCAGCGGUUGGCCCUCUUGUCUGAAAGCCAUUGCCGCAGUAGCCUUGCUUGUCAAAGAUGCUGACAAGCUGACCCUGGGUCAACAUGUGACUAUAAUCGCCCCUCAUGCCUUAGAGAGUAUUGUACGGCAGCCCCCCCACCGCUGGAUGAUGGACUCUCGAAUGACUCAUUACCAGAGCUUGUUACUAACUGAUCGAAUAACUUUUGCUCCCCCUGCUAUCCUCAACCCUGCCACCCUACUCCCUGAAGCAGAUGACUCUACUCCUGUGCAUCGAUGCGCUGAUAUCCUGGCGGAGGAGACUGGAGUCAGAACGGACCUGACUGAUCAACCUUGGCCAGGUGUGCCUAGCUGGUAUACGGAUGGCAGCAGCUUCGUGGUGGAAGGAAAAAGAAAAGCAGGAGCAGCGGUGGUAGAUGGGAAACAGGUGCUGUGGGCCAGCAGCCUCCCAGAGGGGACGUCUGCUCAAAAAGCCGAACUUUUGGCACUAAUUCAAGCUCUGCGCCUGGCAGAAGGUAAGGCUGUCAACAUCUAUACUGAUAGCCGCUACGCCUUUGCUACCGCCCACAUUCAUGGAGCUAUCUAUAGGCAGAGGGGCCUACUCACGUCGGCAGGGAAAGAUAUUAAAAACAAAGAAGAAAUCCUGGCUCUUCUAGAAGCCAUACACCUACCCAAGAAAUUGGCCAUUGUCCAUUGUCCAGGACAUCAAAAGGGGACUGACCCAGUUACACGGGGAAACCAGAUGGCAGAUCAGACAGCCAAGCAAGCUGCCCAUGGAACUACGGUGCUAAUAGAAGAAAUCAGAAAUCACCCACCAGAGCCCCCGGAGCACACACAUAAAGGCUGUGCCUUGACUGAAGAUGGGCAAAUUGUCUUACCAGCUAAAGAAGGGCAGGACUAUGUAAAAAGGUUACAUCAACUAACUCACCUCGGAACUGAAAAACUUAAACAACUAAUUAAAAGUUCCAAAUACUGUGUUCAAGACCUACACACCACAACAAAACAGGUAGUGGAGGCAUGCCAAGCCUGUACUAUGACCAAUGCGGCCCGACCGUUCAAGGAGCCUGGAAAAAGAAUGAGGGGAGACCGACCAGGAGUCUAUUGGGAAGUAGACUUUACUGAAGUUAAGCCAGGAAAAUAUGGUAAUAAAUAUCUUCUAGUUUUUAUAGACACUUUUUCAGGAUGGGUGGAAGCCUUUCCCACAAAAUCUGAAACUGCUCAGAUGGUGACCAAGAAGAUACUAGAAGAAAUUCUGCCCCCAUUCUGGUUUCCCAAGGUAAUCGGGUCUGAUAACGGCCCAGCUUUUGUUGCCCAGGUAAGUCAAGAAUUGGCCACUCAACUGGGGAUUAAUUGGAAAUUACAUUGUGCUUACAGACCCCAGAGCUCAGGACAGGUAGAAAGGAUGAAUAGAACUCUAAAAGAGACCCUUACUAAAUUAGCUAUUGAGACCGGCGGCAAGGACUGGGUGACCCUCCUCCCCUUUGCACUUCUUAGAGUCCGAAACUCGCCCGGGCGUUUCGGCCUCACCCCUUAUGAAAUCCUACAUGGGGGACCGCCCCCCUUAACGGAGUCGUGCGGGAUAUUGGAUCCUAGCACUUACUCCCCCUCCUCUUCUGCUUUAUUUACUCACUUAAAGGCCUUAGAAGUUAUUAAAACACAGAUCUGGAGUCGAAUUAAAGAAGCCUACGCUCCAGGAACCAUCACGGUGCCCCACGGGUUCCAGGUCGGAGACUCAGUCCUGGUCAGACGACAUCGCGCUGGCACGCUUGAGCCCCGGUGGAAGGGACCCUACCUGGUGCUGUUGACUACCCCCUCAGCAGUCAAGGUCGACGGGAUUGCUGCCUGGGUCCAUGCUUCCCAUGUCAAGAAGACACCCAGUCAGGGCAAGAAUAACCAUGAAGAAAAUUGGACAGUGGCAACCAGUGACAAUCCUCUUAAGCUGCGCCUUCGCCGUAGCCCCAACCUUGGGUAAUAACCCCCAUGUCCCCCAAAAACUAACCUGGGAAGUGCUUAACGAAGAGGGCGACGUCGUAUGGUCAACAACCGCAGUGCACCCCCUUUGGACUUGGUGGCCUGAUCUUGCACCCGAUGUCUGUAAGUUAGCAGCCGGCUCUAUGGCUUGGGAUCUUUCCAGUUACACUGACUUAGAAAAGCCACCCCCAGAAGAACAGUGUGUCCCUCAUGGCAUAGGGAGCACAUUGGGGUGUUCAGGACAGUUUUUCCGAGCCAACCUACAGGCAGCAGACUUCUAUGUCUGCCCCGGGCAGGGACAAUCCAGAGAAAUGAAGAGACGGUGCGGAGGAGCUGCAGACUAUUUUUGUAAUAAAUGGGGAUGUGAGACUACAGGAGAGGCCUACUGGAACCCUUCCUCCUCUUGGGAUCUAAUUAUGGUUAAGAAGGGUCGUAAGCCAGAAGAGCCAGAAAAAGGAGAAAGAGAUCCCUCCAAAUACCCAGCUUAUAGGACUGGGUGUGCCUCUGGAAGCUCGGAUGGCCCUCAGGGGCCUUGCAAAAACAAUUAUUGUAACCCCUUAAAUAUCAGCUUUACCCCACAGGGAAAACAGGAUCGUCAAUGGGUAAGAGGAAAUCGGUGGGGAUGGAGAGUCUAUACUGGCAGCGGGGACCCUGGAUUCGUUUUUGUCAUUAAGAUAAAAAUAGAAAGUCCACCCACACGACCCGUAGGCCCCAAU